AUCAGCAAGAAGAAAGACAAUGAAAUGAAGGCAGAGUGUCAUGGAUUUUGCCCUCUGUUCCUAGAGAAAAGCUUGAUGAUAUAGACUCAUUUUGGCUGGCUGGAGAGCCAUCUGACAUGAAGAUACUGCUCCAAGGUCAUUAUGGAUCUGAUCAACUCUACUGACUACCUGAUAAAUGGCUCUACUUUAAUAAGAAACAGCACACACUUUCCAGCUCCUGUAUCAAAAAUAAUCAUCGCCCUUCCUUUGUUUGUAUCAUCUAUAAUUGGUACCAUCAUCAAUGGCCUCUAUCUAUGGGUGCUAAAAUUCAAGAUGAAACAGACCGUCAAUACUGUCUUAUUUUUUCACCUCAUUCUCACGUAUUUUAUUUCAACAUUGGUAUUGCCAUUUAUAGCCAUCUCCCAGCUUCAGGACAAUUACUGGACUUUUGGAACUGCCUUGUGCAAGGUCUUCAAUAGCACUUUGUCUCUGGGGAUGUUUGCCUCUGUUUUCUUCCUCUCGGCCAUCAGUCUCGAUCGCUAUCUUCUCAUUCUUCAACCAGUAUGGUCCCUGCAGCAUCGAACCCCACGCUGGGCUUCCAGCGUUGUCCUGGGAGUCUGGAUCUCUGCAGCUGCCCUCAGCAGCCCCUAUUUGGUGUUCAGGGAGACACAUCAUGACCAAAAAGGAAAGUUGAUCUGUCAGAAUAACUAUGCUGUGUCUACUAACUGGGAAAGAAAGGAGAUGCAAACUUUAAGUCAAUGGAUUCACAUAGCCUGUUUCACCAGCCGUUUCUUGCUGGGCUUCCUUGUGCCUUUUUUCAUCAUCACCUUUUGUUACCAAAGAGUAGCCAGCAAGAUGAAAGAGAAGGGCCUGUUUAAAUCCAGCAAGCCCUUCAAGGUCAUGAUGGCAGCCGUCAUCUCUUUCUUUGUAUGUUGGAUGCCCUACCAUGUAUACCAGGGCUUACUUCUCAUUAAGACUCAGUCAUUACUUUUAGACUUGACUAUGAUACUUACAGCACUAACCACUUCCUUCAAUAUGGUCUUUUCUCCAACAAUGUACUUAUUUAUUGGGGAGAAUUUCCAAAAGGUUUUUAAGAAGUCCAUUCUUGCUCUGUUUGAGUCAGCAUUUAGUGAAGAUUAUUCUGUAGAAAGGACACAUAACCUAAAUUCGGGAACCCAAAUUUAAAUUGUAGAGCCUUAAGCAAACAUAGACUCUGUCAGUUAUUCCACUAGAGCAGUGGUUCUCAACCUUCCUCAUGCCGCAGCCCUUUAAUACAGUUCUUGUGGGUCGUGACCCACAGGUUGAGAACUGCUGCACUUGAGUUAUACCCUCUGCUUUCGUAGGGUAUAGUCCCUAUGUAACUGUAACAUAGUUAGAUCUCUGAAUGUUAAAAGGGCUGCAAGAAAACAAGCAAUGUGAUUUUUUUUUUUUUACUGUUUUUUUGUUGUGGAAAAAUAUAUACAACAUAAGGUUUGCCUUUCACCAAUAUUAGUGAACAUUUCAGUGACAUUAAUUAUAUUCACCAUGUUGUACAACCAUCACGACUGUCUAUUUCCAGAUUUUUUCAGUACUUCAAAGAGAAAUUCUGUACUCAUUAAAACUCCCCAUUUCACCUCCUCCCAGGCCCUAGUAACCUUCAGUCUACUUUCUGUUUCUAUGAAUUUAUGUAUUCUAGGUAUUUCACGUAAGUGAAAUCAAGCAAUAUUUGUCCUUUUGUGUCUGGAUUAUUUCAUUAGUAUAAUGUUUUCAAGGUUCAUCUAUGCUGUAACAAAUAUCAGAACUGUAUUCCUUUUCAUGGCCAAAUUAUAUUUCAUUG